GGUCCAUAUUGAGAUGGGUGUAUUAGUUAAUGUACAGGUGUAUGCACAGGUGUGUGUGUGUGUAUGCGUGUGGAAGGCCAACCCAUCGACCGAUGCUUCUCUGUUGUAUUAUUGAUGAGGUCAGUAUCACUGUGUUAUUCUAACCCCACAUGAGAAAGAAAGAGGGACAGAGAGAAAGGAAAACACAUGAAUAAUUGAGUCUAAAUCAGUUUAGUAACCCUGCGUUCCUUCCCACUCUCAGUCUGAUGAAGUCAGUAACUGCAGCCAGUAUCCCCCAGAAACUUGCAGAUCACAAGGAAGGAUGCAACCUCAGGUGUCUGAGAGGAAGCUAUAAGAAGUUGUUUUUGGAGUUGAAAAGGGUUACCUUUUAAGGUGCCACAUUUUUUGGAGUUAAGAAGUUGCUGGACUCAGGAUCAUCAUGAUACCAUGGUGGCCCAACUGUUAAGGCUGGCCUUUCUAUAUCUAACAACCAAUCUUGUCAAUUUGACAACAUAUGCCAUACAGAUCAGUCACAAAGGGGAGGUGGUGUACCAGGACACCAGUAUCUUUGGAGUGUUGGGUAAAGCGGUAAUCCUGGAGUGUGGUUCCACCGUACCUGACAUGUACAUUUGGAGCUUCACAAAGCCCGGCACUGAAGCCAUAAAAGCUGUGGUGUAUAAUUUGGGCCAAGGUCCGAGGAUCCAGACACUCGCCGAGACUUUAGGACAACUGACAAUGAUUUCAAAUAGUGCAGCUGUGAGCAUUGAGAAACUGCCUCUGGCUGCACAUGGUUUGUUCACCUGCCAGGCCUUCUAUGACAUAGACCAGGAGCCCAUAGUUUACUAUUACUAUGUGCACCUCUCUGUUCGAGUUCCCGUCAGUAAGCCUUACCUUCUGUUGAGUGAUGCCUCUCCAGUGGAAGGGUCGACAAUGUGGAUGCGCUGUAAUCUGGAAAAUGGGACUGGGCCCAUCCAGUAUGUGUGGCAACACGAAACCCGCAGUGGCAAUGUCACAGCUUUCGCACAGGGCAGCAGCCAUAUCAUCAACGUGACUGAUGUCAACCGAAACCACACAGGUUGGUACCGCUGUGUGGCCAGCAAUGCUGUGAACAGCGAAAGCUCCAACCGCUUAUGGCUGGACACCAUCUAUGGCCCAGAUAUUCCUCAGAUAGACGUGACUCCGUACAGUAUAACAGAGCGCGGCUACUCAGCUCUGGAGAGAGAGACUGUAUCUUUGCUGUGUCAAGCCCAGUCCAACCCAGCCAGUCAGUAUGUCUGGUUCUACAACAAUUCCCAGGUCUAUACUGGGGCGCAGUUCACCAUCACCAAAAUCCUCCGCAUGCAUACUGGCGACUACGCCUGCUUGGCACAGAACACCUACCUCAACACCCGCUCCAAGAAGACCAUCAGCCUGACCGUCUACUACCCACCAGAUGGCUCCCCUUCCUGUUCGGUGGAGCCGGCUCUGAAUCACUCCUCUCUGAGACUGUUCUGCUUCUGGCCCGGAGGAUCGCCCUCCCCGUCCCUCCAGUGGACUGGAGACCUGACACAUGCAGAACAAGAACAAUCCAACACCAACAUAAACAACACAUCAAAUCACCACACUACCACUGCCAUCUUGCUGCUCUCUGGAGGCCUACCAUCUAAUAACAGCAUGUUUACAUGCACAGGCUCCCAUCUUGCCCUGAAACAACGGAGGGAGUGCAGCACACAUGCAUAUGUUCCCCCUGCAGAGCCAGUGUGUUUUGCAUAUGUGACAAACAGCCAAGAGUAUCUGAUGCUCUCCUGCUCCUGGGAUGGAGGUGCCCCAAAAGGCUUGGUAUGGUGGGAAGGCCCCGGAGGCCAGGGCAGCAGUGGACAAGAAAUCUCCAACAUCCUGAUACUCCGCUAUGGCACUGCUCGCAGUGGGAAACCGUACACCUGCCAUGCUAAGCACCCACUACUGGUUGAAACCAAGACCUGCAAGCUUACACUGGAGGCCCCUGUGUUGCUGACUCAGCGGAGAAUUGUGUCUGUGUACGAAGGGAGUGAUGUACAGCUCACCUGCAAUAUCAGAGCCAACUAUCUCCCUGUAAAUGAAAUCACCUGGUUUAACAAUCAGGGUGUCGGCGUCCAAGACACCUCCAAGUACACACUGCUGCGAACAUCUGCAUGGGCCAAUCUGACAGUGAGAGAUACGGACGAGACUCAAGACAGUGGCGACUACAGGUGCUCCACUUCCAAUGCAGUGGGAGGAACUGAAGUCAAUGUCACUUUAGUUGUAAAGAGACACCCCAUGCCACCCAACACAACCCUGGUCAGAGCUACAUACAUUAGCCACCAGCGUAAUGAGGUGGAGCUGGAGUGGCAGGUAGAGAAUGAAGAACAGGGAGGUUGGACAAGUUUCUUCCUGGAGCACAGAUCUGUGUUGGAGAGACCAGAAAGGAGAGGAGGCAGAAAUGAUUCAAAGCAGCAGACAGAGGAGAGGACUGGUCCCAUUGUCUGGUACCGUAAGAUCAUCCAUGAUCCAAAUGUCAGGAUUCAAACAGUAGGGAGACUGAUACCCACUGCUACCUACCAGUUCCGCAUCACACCUGUUAACCACCGCACCAUCGGACACCCUUCUGUAGCAAAGACUCCAGCGGAACCACGCUACAACGUGUACCCUGCUGUGAUUGGCGCAGCUAUAGGUGGGAUGCUCUUUGCAGCCAUUCUUACAGUGCUGCUGCUCGUGUACAUAAUCCGCAACCGCAACAACAACCCUCGACUACAUGACAUGCUGUUUGGCAUGCAGCACAGCCAGUCAAGGGAAAACAUCCAUUUACCAGAGGAUGAAGUGGUCGCUGGGUCAGAAGGAGGAAUAGAGGAGAUUGGUGGAUCAUCCAGUUCAGGUCCAACUUUGGCUUUACCCCGGGCAUCUUCUCCCCUCACCACCCCCUCACCCACAAGUCAAGCCUCUCCCACUGAAGACGAGAACGAGCCUGUCAGCGUCACCAUCACUGUCAAAGCUACAGGCACAUAACCAACUCUAUUUUAAUUAAACCUGGAAUUGUUUUGGUAGACAUUUUUCACAAUUGCUCAGUGUUACCUGUCAUUAGGAUCUCAUCUCAUCUACAAUAGUCUCUACUGGUGCUCGGCAUAUUUAACUACAAAACUUUCAUAUUUGAAUCACGGAUCUGGUGGACCAUACAGUAAAUCAAAUGAUGUGCACAUACGCUAUUGUCAAAAGUAUUCGCUCGCCCAUCCAAAUCACAGAAUACAGGCAUUCUAAUCACUUCCAUGGCCACAGGCGCAUAAAAUCGUAUAUGUAUAAAACAAAGUGAAGGCAAUUGGUAAUGACAACAACUCCGCUACGAAGUGGCAGGUCACGUAAAGUGACAGACGCUGACACACACAGUGUCCAGAGGUCACAAACUUUCUGCAGAGUCAAUCACUACAGACCUCCACACUCCAUGUGGCCUUCAGAUUAGAUCAAGAACAGUGCGUAGAGAGCUUCAUGGAAUGAGUUUCUAUGGUCGAGCAGAUACAUCCAAGCCAAAAAUCACCAAGUGAAAUGCAUAGCGUUGGAUGCCGUGGUGACGGCAGUGGACACAGUGGAGUUAUCUGGAGUGACACUUCUCCAUCUGGCAAUCUGAUGUAUGAAGUUUGAUGGAGGUGGGAUUAUGGUGUCGGCUUGUUUUUCAGUUGUUGGACACGGCCCCUUAUUUCCAGUGAAAGGAACUCUGAAUGAGAGAAAAAAAAACUUCUUAAAUAUUUGAUUUUAGCAACUUUUUAAUAUUUGACUUUAGCAAAGGUGUUUUUCAUACAUAUAGGUUUUAUUUCCAUUCCAUAUGCGCGUAAAGGCAGGUGAGCGAAUACUUUUUGCAAUACAGCGUAUACUGACUAGCCAACUGCAGUUUUGUUUUUGUAUUUUUUAAAAAAUGAAAACCUUUAAUUUGAGAGAUGUUGAUCAUUGAGGCUGGUUCGUUAUUUUAAAAUUAACAAUAUGAAUCUAUUGCUGAGGCCACAAGAAGUAAUUACAUUUUUUAGUGCAUUAUUUCCACACUGGUGUUAUAUUACCAGUUGAGUAAAGCAAAUGCCAUCUAAAGCAAACAAGAGUUCUAGGAAGUUUCUACACAUCUGUCAAAAUGUCCAUAGGUUGGCAUAGGAUGUAAAACUUGCAAGUGGACAACUUUGUUAACAUCAAGUGCAACAACACAUAUAUAGCAGAACAGGCAAUGUGUACUAGCCAUUCAGCAAAACGGCCAACUUGGUGUUUGUCUUUAUUUUGCAAAACUCUCACCAAAGAAGCCAAUGUGAAAUGUAUUCUUUUGCUGCCUCUUGCUCAGUCAGUCUCUUUUUCUCUUGACUCCAUCAGUAAAUGUACACUUUGGUUUAUUCACCCUGAGAAUAUUGAGCUACUCUUCUUAUAGCAGUUCCAGAACCGGAAGCCAGACCAACUUCCCUGCCCAGAAUUCUUUUGGAAUUGUUGAUCUGGAACCCUUCUGUCGGGAACCGAUUAUUCACUAUAUCAUUUGUACAGGUUCAGUGUGGUGAUCGACUAAGGGGUAACAGACUUCCAACAAAGUGAAACAUCUUCUGAGCGCCAUAGAGUUUAAUUUGUUUACAACUAAAUUGAUAAUAAACUAGAGGGAUUUUUCCUCUGUAACCGUUAAAACACCCCUCAUAAUAAAUUCUGUAAAAAUUGUUACCAGGCUUAAAUUAUAAGAACUGAGUCUGACUAUGCCAGGCUACCCAAAGAUCAGUUUUUGGUGAUGUGAAUGAGUGGCAUCAAGUUCUAUGCACUUCUCACAUGACACUAUUUGAUCGGCUCAAGCUACAUAGUGGCAGAACAGGAUUGCAGUGGGAAAUGAAAGAGGAAACAUCCCUUAUUACAAGUGAGUGUACUAUCAAAUUUGAUUUCGAUGUUAUUUUAAGCUAAAAUGGUUCCAAAAACUCAGAUACUUCAAGAUUUGAUGAUACAUUUUUGAUGGAUAUAAGGUAAACACCAUCAAGACCAAUGUCUGCCUCAUCUGCAUUGAGUGCAUUUAUCAUUUAGAUGAUUAUUUGCAGUAAAUAAAU